AUGAGUAAUAAUCAAGAGUCUCGGGACCUAGACUCAUGUACCCUAAUAUCAUCUGAUCUGGAAGAUAUCAAAUCAGUGCGUGCGUCGUGGAGACCAUUGCACGACAUUGCUUCCAAAUAUUUAUGCAAACCUACGUUUGUCUUCCGCCGCGACCGAAAAGACUUCGAGAGAUUCGGAGAACUCAUGAAAAAUCCAUGUAUUAUCGAGGGCAUCGAGACGCUUCGUUUCGAGAUUGGGGAGAUGGGGCUUUUCUUCAUGGCCAAUUGGCUGGGAUCGAGCUAUAGCUUCAUGAACAACUACUACCAGAGUAUGAUUGAUCAAGGCCGGAGGGAUGAUGGUGUUCUGACAAAAUUGAAUUCCCAAAUUGAAAAUGCAUCUUUGGAGUAUGCGAAAUGGAAUAUCAGUGUACACUGGGCCCACCAAAAUUAUCAGGACGCACAUCGUCUCACACAGAUCCUCAAUUCUGCAAUCGCUGUCAAGAAUAUUCAAGUUACCAGAAAAUCCAUCACCUGGGCGAAUGAAGAUCUACUCGACUCCUGGAAGCAGGGGACCCAUACCGCCUACAUGCAGAAGGCGAAUGAGGAGUUCAAGACUCUGCUACUGUGUAUUCAAGGAAGUAACCGCGAGCUACAGUCUUUGAAGCAUGACGAAGUACCGGUUACAUUCUUCAGCUCACUCGAUCUUGAAACCUUCAUACCUGCGUUCCACCACCUGCGUACCAUCCACCUCUCUUUGAACGCAACAGAGACACCCAAAAAGGUGUUCUGGACAGGGCUUGGUACUGUGCUUUGCGCAAUCCCAGGACUCGAGGACCUACGCCUCGGAUUUUCUCCUCUGGAGGGUUGCGAUAGCGAUAUGAAUCUUGGUACCUGGCAGAAUAGUAACGAUCCUGGCGACUGGUACGUACCACUUCGGAAGGUCUUCGGAGAUCACACGUGGAAGAGGUUGAAAAAACUGAGACUGGAAGGAAUGGUUUUCUGCGAGGAAGGUCUCUCCGGAUUCCUCGGACGACAUGCCACUCUGAAGAACUUGGAGCUCAGUGGAAUGGCGUUGUGGCAAGGGAGUUUCGAAGGUCUUUUCCAUCACUUGAGAAAUGCCUUGAGCUUGGAAUCCUGCCAUGUUUGGGGCCUCUUCCUGGGACUCCAGACAUCACACGAAGCGUGGUUCAUCUGCCCCAGUCAUCUUAUAUUCACGACCGAGACGGAAAUAUGGCCUGCCAGCUUCACAUCUCACAUGCAAGGAAUCUUCCAACGGAGUCGUCGCUCAACUCCUCGAUGCCUGCGGCCGGACUUAGGGUCCAAGUUGGAGGAAUUUUUGGUUUCGGAUGGAGUUUGGCCUAUGGAGAUGGGCGACACGGUACCUGAACAUAUCCGUAAACAACCCUUCCGCCCAGAUCCAAGUAACAAAGAUGAAAUUUGCCAAAAAUGGGAUUCGGAUCUCGCUUCGGAGCAGGCUGAUAACAGGUGGGAACAUGGCUGGGGGGUGGAUGGGGACCUGAACUAUGCCACCCAGGAAGAAAUCCUGGAGGUCUACUCCCGUGAAGGAUACGAUACAUACGGAUUCGACAAGGCCGGUUAUGAUGCUGGUGGGAUCCACCAUACAAAGGCCGCAGUCCCAAACUGGCCCAAUCUUGAUGAGCCCCUACACGAGGCUACCGCGCGGAGGACAGUACUAGCAAUGAUCAGAGAUCAUAUAGCGAGAAUCGCACAUGUUGUGACGGGCGGGUAA